AAAUAUAUAUAUAUAUAUAUAUAUUUUUUUUGUAGGUAUCAAGACCAACCUGUGGUCGUAAAGAUCAUGAAGUAAGACUUGGUUCAUGUGACUGCUAACAAUUUCCAGAAAGAGAUCAUCAUGCUAUCUGAAGUUCUGCAUGAUCUCAUAGUGCAGUUCAUUGGAGCAUCCGACCAUGCUCCAUUUGUUAUUUUAACCGAGAAAAUGGAAGGAGUAACUUUGGAAAACUACCUCAAAACAUUUAGACCCAGUCAGUUGGAUUCUCGGAGAGUGCUAGAAUUGACUCUUAAUAUGUCUCGAGGUAUGAGUUUUCUACAUGAGAGGGGAAUCAUUCACAAGGAGUUGCGACCUGAAAAUGUUUUGUUAAGCUUAGACCAUGAGAAACUCAAGUUGGACUUUGGGGUGGCUAGAGAGGAGUCUCUCCAAGCAAAAAUUGACACUCGGAGUGCGGCAUUACCCUGGGUCGCUCGGGAGUUGCUUCAGCAGAGUGUGCAUAGUUGUGACCUCUGUUAG